AUGGCGUCGAUAGCAACGCAAUCCGGCAGCGUCGCUGCCGUCACCAGCAGAUUCCCCAACUCCAAGUGGUCAUCACGGUACCGCGGGGCCACUGUAGAAGAUCUCGACCCGCCGGCGGCUCUAUCGCUCAAUCCCUCAGAUGCCAUCUCUCUGGCCCUUCUGUCCGCAUUCGAGCGCGACUAUACCCACCUGACAAUCGUCGACUCGGAAACGCGCGCAUUGCUGGGCUACAUCUCGAUCCCGCACCUACAGUCCCUCCUCGACUCUGGCAAGGUGAAGCCCGAAGACCCCCUCAGCGCUGCCAUGACCCGGUUCCAGCGCAAAGGGCGCAAGUACAGCGUCAUUACGAUGGACACACCUCUGGAAGAGUUGGAAGCCUUUUUCAGGGGCAACAAAACGGAUGGCUGGAGCGAGGAAUUCGCGGUGGUCACGGAUGAGGCAAGACGAUUCGUUCUAGGCGUGGCUACCGUGGGUGACCUGGAGCGUUUUGUCGAGAGACGGCCGGCGUGA